GGGGAGCCCGGCCCCGCCCGCGCCCGCCGCGCCGCACCUGAGCGAGCAGCGGCGGCUCCGCGCCGGCCCCGGCCCCUCCGCCGCCCGCCCAUGGCUCGGCCGCUGCCGCUGCUGCUGUGCCUGGCCGCGCUGGGCGCCGGCUGCCGGGCGGGGUCCCCCCCCGGCGGCACGGCCGGGCCCCCCCCCCAGCCGCUGCAGGACGAGGCGGACAACCAGGAGAACAUCCUCUCGCAGUUGUUAGGUGACUACGACAAGGUGAAGGCGGUGUCCGAAGGCUCCGACUGUCGGUGCAAAUGCCUGGUCAGACCCCUGGGCCGCGGUGCCUGCCAAAGGAUUAACGAGGGCACUUACAAAGCGGAGGAUUUUUACACGGUGGAAACCAUCACGUCAGGACCCAGCUGCAAGUGUGCGUGCGUGGCCCCCCCCUCAGCGCUCAACCCUUGCGAGGGGGACUUCAGGCUGAAGAAGCUGCGGGAGGCAGAGAGCAGCGACCUGAAGCUGUCUUCCAUCGUUGAGAUGCUGGAAAGUGCCUUUUAUGGCUUAGACCUUCUGAAGCUGCACUCGGUCACAACCAAGCUGGUGGGUCGGGUGGAGAAGCUGGAGGAGGGCAUAUCCAGGAACUUCAUGCAGGAAGGCCACCGGGCAGGAGCCAACGUGGACGAGCAUCUGCAGGAUCCCCACCGCAGGGACAGGGAGAACUGCUCCAGCCUCAUCACCAACAGCCUUGCUGACAUCGAGAGCUCGCUGCAGCGGGAUGCCGAGGCUGCCUACACUCACACAGAGGGAAAAUAUGAAGAAAAAUUCCUGAAAGAUGAAACCAUCUCCCAGCAGAUCAACUCUGUUGAGUCCCUUGCAGAGCUGCACCUCUCUCCGGAGGACGACAAACCCAAGCAGCUCUUGCAGAGGAAACUGCACGUGAGGAGCCGGCCUCCUUCCAAGCCCACCAUCAUCCGAGGGGUCACCUACUACAAAGCCCAGUCCACGGAGUCAGAGAAUGACAUCGAGGAGCAACCGGAUGAGCUGUUCAGUGGGGACAACACCGUGGACCUGCUGAUCGAGGACCAGCUCCUGAGGCCCAGCAGCAGGGCGGGUGAGGGCGUGAGGAAGCCCUCCCCGGUGGGAUGGCCACCCACCCCCGGCAGCGACCCCACCACCCCGCCAGCCGCCGACACUGCUGCAACGGCCACAGUGCCCCUGUCCCCUGCCACGUCCCUGGGGCCCACGCCAGACCCCACUGCUGUCAGCAGGUUGACCCCCACCCCGGAGACCACAACUGCCUCAGUGGGGCUGGCAGAGGAGGCGACCCCGCAGCUACUGGCAACCUUGGCCAGCACAGUGGUGGCCACAGCCACAGUGAGCCUGUCUGCAGCCACCACCGCUGUCCCCACCACCGCUGUCCCCACCACCGCUGUCCCCACCACCGCUGUCCCCACCACCGCUGUCCCCAGCCCUGCCAUUCCCACCACUGCUGGGACCCCGAGGGACGUGGGGACAAGCCCUGCCCCAGAGAGCAGCUCAGGAGCCUGGGGACAGGCGAGCACCCCUGCGAUGCCAGUGAGCCCCAGCAUCCCCGCCACCCCGAAGCAGGCCCUGGAAGAGGAGGACAUCAGGAACAUCAUCGGUCGCUGCAAGGACACCCUGUCCACCAUCUCGGGGCCCACCACCCAGAACACCUAUGGGCGCAAUGAGGGGGCCUGGAUGAAGGACCCCCUGGCCCGGGAGGAGCGGAUCUAUGUCACCAACUACUACUAUGGGAACACGCUGGUGGAGUUUAGGAACCUUGACAACUUCAAGCAAGGUCGCUGGAGCAACUCCUACAAGCUCCCGUACAGCUGGAUUGGGACAGGGCACGUUGUCUACAACGGCUCCUUCUACUACAACCGGGCCUUCACGCGCAACAUCAUCAAAUAUGACCUGAAGCAGCGGUAUGUGGCCGCCUGGGCCAUGCUGCACGACGUGGCCUACGAGGAGUCCACCCCAUGGCGGUGGCGAGGCCACUCGGAUGUGGACUUUGCCGUGGAUGAGAAUGGCCUGUGGGUCAUCUAUCCGGCCAUCAGCUAUGAGGGCUUCAACCAGGAGGUGAUUGUGCUGAGCAAGCUGAAUGCAGCCGACCUCAGCACACAGAAGGAGACCACGUGGCGGACAGGGCUGCGGAAGAACUUCUACGGGAACUGCUUUGUCAUCUGUGGGGUCCUGUACGCGGUUGACAGCUACAACAAGAGGAACGCCAACAUCUCCUACGCCUUUGACACACACACCAACACACAGAUCAUCCCCCGGCUGCUCUUUGAGAACGAGUACGCCUACACCACGCAGAUAGACUAUAAUCCCAAGGACCGCCUGCUCUACGCCUGGGACAAUGGGCACCAAGUCACCUACCAUGUCAUCUUUGCCUACUGAGACCCGACCCCCCACAGUGGGGCACUGCGAGUCAGGGGCCACCAGCACCUUUUAUUAUUAUUUUUAUUGUUAUUAUUGUUAUUUUGUACAAAUCAAAGAGUAAAUGAUGGGUUUUGUUUCAAUCUGGUUUUUUUUUUUUUUUUAUGGUGGAUUGUAGAUCAAUCCCCCGGC